AUGCAAGGUUGGCCGCCGGCAGGCUUCCUGUUGAAGCGAUGGGAAGAAGAAAUCGAUUCCAAAAUUGGGAAAAUUCUCGGUGACGAGGAAAACCAGUCUCUGGUGCGGGAUUCAGGCGGAUUGGGCUACACCUGUUCCCAUGUAUUGCUCAUGCUGAGUAGGACGAGGAGGGAGGAGGCAGAGGCCUUCGUCAUCUGCUACCAUGAGGAGAAAAAGAAAGCCAAGGGGGCUGUAAAGGUCCUCAAAACAAACAAAGAAAUGGAGAGGUUUGGGUUCGAAUACCUUGCUGUGAAGGGGCCAUUGAUCUUCACUGGUGAUGGCCCAUUGGAAGAACCUCACACUGAACACCUUGUUUGGAAUAUUGACAGCGUCUGCGGAAAGCAUGUCCUUGCUUGUAGACCUCCAAUCGACAGCCAAACUCAGGGCAUACGAGCAACACUGGGUGGGGUGCUCAGAUUCGGCCCAGAGAGCUAUUACGGGCUAACAUCGGCCCAUAUCUUCUUCAACUUACCUGAUCGAACAAAACAAUCGACAAGUAGCAGCGAGGAUAGGGGUGCUUUCGAAAGCGCUGGAAAGCAAGCCGAGUCGGGGUCUGGUGCCGAAAUCAGGCUCCAUCCGAGCAACGUCAUUCCGAAAACGCCAGCUUUUCAUGCCAUGUUUUCCAUUGGCAUAAAAGACGAAGGAUAUGAUUCUGAAGAACGGCAUCUAACAUUGAAGGCCUCGGAUCAGCAUAUUGGCAACAACAACCUUUACCACCGCUCAACAGCCAUUGACACCACUAGGGUCUACAAUCCUUCUCUGGAUUGGACACUGUUUGAAAUCACGAACCCUCGAUUUUGGCGUACAAACACUGUUAAGUUCUCACAGAACCACAGCGUCAUCCCACGUCCAGGUUAUAACAGAACCCGCGCUCCUCUCGGCAAUCUUAUUGUACUGAGUGGUCCCAGUGGGCCCAGGGAAGGUGUCGGCAUAGGGAUGAAAUCUAACAUCUGCCUGCCAUGGUCAGGGAAAUUUGUCCCAGCGUGGCUGUUGGAUUGCGAGUUAGGCGUCGGUUCCUGUGGCUCAUGGGUCAUUGAUCCGGAGUCUGGAGUCAUAUGCGGCAUAAUCAUCGCGGGUAGCCCUCAGACCGGUCUGUCGUGGAUGUUACCAGCUGAUCCAAUCUUCAAGGAUGUGUUAGAGAAAUGGCAAGAUUCAUAUGAGGCUCCUCAGGACGUUUUUCAGAUUUCCAGGUAUAUGCCGAUUAAUUUCGAAGUCGGUGAAGACAGAGGUCCUAAAGAAACAAGGAAUCAUGAUGGCGGACAGGGGUCAUUGCCCCGGGUCGUGUUGCCUCAGCUCGUGCCUUCGUCGCUGGCGGAGACAGCGAGCCCUUCCAGACCCAGCUCGAUGCUUCCCACGAUGUCCGAAGCUGGGAGAAUCUACGAGCCGUCUGUGAUCUCAUCAGAUCCCUCGAAUUUUCCUAAAUCAACCGAUUAUACAGUCUCGGAGCCGGAGAGCAGCAUGACCUCCGACCCUGCGCAUCAACACCAGCGUAUGGAGCAAUGGACGGCUUCAAAAACUGAUGAGAAAGGUGUCUUGGGCCUUCCAGAUGUCGCGUUCGAGUUCGUGGACAAAUGCUCAAACGACUUCGGCCCCUGCUAUAAAUUCAUGAUGAAGCAUCCGCACGUACUCUCGGUCCCUGUGGAAUCAUUCAUCAACGCUGCCUCAGCUGCCCAGGCAAAAAAUCUCGGCGGACUCGUGCGCAGCUGCAUCACCAAGGCAGUAAUGCUUCAGAAUUACACCUCCAGGGUUUUCGUGGAGGAGGUCUUGAAGGAGUAUUUCGAACCGCUCAUCAACGGUGACCAAGAAGCCGUGGGAGAGUUUUUCGCUCGCAGGGACCAGCUUUAUAGACAAAUCAGAGAACAGUCAGGAUCUCAGCAAUGA